AUGAAACCCGCGCUGUUUUUGCCUAGGACCGACAUCCAAGAGGUGGUGUGCGGCCGCGGGGGCUCCGCGACGACGCGGUACGUGGACUUGGUGGUGGGGCUUGAGGCGGAGGACGACGACGGGGAACCCGUCGCCAAGCAGCAGCAGGAGUUCUCCAACAUCGACAGGGACGCCCUGCCCAGCCUGCAGAGCUACAUCCAGGAUGCUCUCGUGGCACCCCGGCAACGCGAGGCUAAACAGGAAGCACAGGCCGCCGCAUCCGCUCAGCAGCAACAGAAGGCUGCCACCUGCACCGUUGCAACGGGAACAAUGUUGCCCGCUCCGGCGACCGCUACGAACGCGGGGGGCUCCGCGGAGGGUGCCGCGAAGGUACCUCAGGAGGACGAAGAAGAAGAGGAGGACGACGGCGAUGCGGAGGUCAUAAGCACUAAGCUGCCAGCUUCAUACCCUUGGUAA